UGCGUAUGCGGAAGAAUAAUCUCGCGUUGUGAUGGCUCGGAAAGGAGCUUUAUAUGAUCGUUCUCUCUUAUUUUUAAUCAUUGGUGUUAUAUUUUUACAUUUGUUUACGUGUCCCUACACCAAAGUUGAGGAAAGUUUUAAUUUACAAGCGAUUCAUGAUGUUCUCUACCACAGGUUUGAUUUUGAAAAGUAUGAUCAUCAUGAGUUUCCUGGUGUGGUUCCCCGCACUUUUCUUGGACCACUGUACAUAUCAGCGCUCAGUGCACCAGUGAAUUGUGUCCUCACCGUCCUUCAAGCACCAAAGUUUUACACUCAGAUCCUUGUGCGAGGAGUUCUUGGCCUGUGUGUGGUUCUGACACUCUGGCGGAUGCAGAGAGAGGUGUGGAAACAGUUUGGGUCACUGGUGGCCUGUUUGUUUUGCUUCAUCUGCACCUCACAGUUCCACCUGAUGUUCUACAGCACCAGAACUCUCCCUAAUGUCAUCGCUCUGCCUAUAGUUCUGCUGACGUUCACGUUCUGGAUGGCUCAGAGACACUGCCCCUUCAUUUGGCUCUCUGCUUUGGUCAUUAUUGUGUUCCGAUCUGAACUGUGCCUCUUCCUGGGAUUGAUGUUGUUGAUGUCACUCAUGAGCAGAAAACUCACUUUUCUACAGUUGCUUUACCAUGCCAUACCAGCUGGCAUUUUAUCAUUGGGUCUCACUGUGAUGGUUGACACAGUAUUCUGGAAUAAGCUGCUCUGGCCUGAGGGUCAGGUACUCUGGUACAACACAGUCUUGAAUAAAAGCUCCAACUGGGGAACCUCCCCUUACCUGUGGUACUUCUACUCUGCCCUGCCUCGUGCUCUAGGCAGCACAAUAUUAUUUAUCCCGCCAGGCCUAAUGGACAGACGGACAAUAAAACUGCUCAUUCCAGCUGUAGGCUUCAUUCUGCUGUACUCCUUUCUGCCACACAAGGAGCUCCGCUUCAUAAUCUACACAUUUCCUGUUUUUAACAUAAUCGCUGCCCGCGGCUGUUCUUUAAUUUUGAACAAUUACCACAAGUCCAAGAUGUAUAAAAUUUGGUCCGUAUUUGUGAUAGGACACUUGAUGUUAAAUGCCGUUUACUCUAGUAUUUCACUGUAUGUUUCGCAUCACAAUUACCCUGGAGGGAUAGCAAUGCAAGAGCUACAUCGAUUAAAGCCAGUAGCAGCAGAUAUAUCAUUACACAUCAACGUACUUGCUGCACAAACGGGAGUCUCGCGCUUCUUGGAACUCAACAGUAACUGGAAAUAUGACAAACGUGAGGAUUUGACUCUUGAUGAUCCAAUUCUGAAAACGUAUACCCAUCUAUUAAUGGAAGCAAAUGCAACCAAGAUAUCAAUGCUCCAAGACUCUCACAAACCUUUGAUCUUCAUCCAAGGAUACCAAAGCAUUGCAUUGGAAUGGUCUAAGAUUCCACCCCUCAGGAUGAAGCUAAAAAACAAGCUUGUGCUUCUAGAAAGACUCUGAAAGACUAUUAAAUACUAGACUAUGAAUUCUAUUAUUCUAUGUGGCAAAUAAAAAUGGGAACCAAUAAACAUGUACCAAUUUUCUUUUUUUAUUCUAUUAAACAAGGGUCUGUUUUAUUGGCAAUGGGUUUAUCUAGAGCAGAGGGAGGGGGAGAUUUCUCAAUGCGUUUUAAUACAUGAAUAAUAAAUGAUAAAAAUGCAGUAAUUCUUUCAGAGCAAGAUUUAAGGUUCUUCAUCUGUGUAAAAAAGUUAGGAAGAUAGUUGAGAAUGUAUUUAAAAGUGAUUAAGCAGAAACAAGAUCUGCUUAUCAAAGUAGGAUAAAUGAGUUGCAUAAUACAUUUGUAUUAUUCACAAAAGUAUUGGGACUGUUUAGUCACAAGGUUUUGUUUGCAUCAGGCUUUUCCCUUAUUUUACCAUAGUACUUUCUGUAGGGUUUCCACAGGGCUGUAAAAAGUCUUAAUUCACCCCUCUCCAAAAUAACCACUGGUCCCGUUUUGAAGAGGUGUGUCCUGACAAUUCUCUAAACAUUGUAAUUAUGUCCUGGUUUCAGCUGGUUUGCUCAGAUUUUUUUCUACUUGCAUUUGAUGUACAAAUUUUCCUUCUCGCUCUUGUCUUUGGUAUCGUUUGCAGUCGAAGCGUUGCAUGUUCAUUUGACAAUACUUUCAUUCUAGUCCUUCUGCAAAUGUAUCUGGAUACCAUGACAAUAACGUCAUACACUUGGCGUGCACUAUUUUGGGGCUUUUCCACUGCAUGGUACAACUUGACUCCGCUCGAUUUCUGGGGUUUUCCACUGUGGAUAGUACCUGAUACUUUUUUUUUAGUACCACCUUGGUCCAGUUUCCAAGCGUGCUGAACCGAUACUAAAUGUGACGUCAAAAUCCUGCAGAUCACUGAUUGGUCAGAGAGAAUCGUUAAUACCAACAUCACUGGAUUUCUGACACACGACAUCAACCCGCUAGUUUUAAAGUUAGCAACAGCGAUAUCAGUAUCAUUUGUUCAUACAAAGUGAUUCAUGUGGUAACAUCUAAAUUUUAAGGGUUACAAAUCUGCCCUUUUAUAAUGUGUUAGAAAUAAAAUGUAUACAAAUGUAUAGGCUACAAUGUAUGCAAAUAUAGAAUAUUGUGUCGUUUUGUAAGUGUGGGUCAACACAAGGGCAGUUUAACCCUUCUUUAGUGGGUCAUUGUGCCAUACCAGAUUCUCUCACUCAUGGAUUUAGAAAUUAGACAUGAGCAGUUUUAUCACAGCACUUUCUUAGGAACACUAUGGUCCUAAUAAAGUGCCAAACAUGGUAGUCUGCUGUUGUAUCUUCCUCAAGGUUUGACAUGUUGUACAUUCUGAGAUGCUAUUAUGCCUACUACAGUUGUACAGAAUGGUUAUCUGAGUUACCGUUGCCUUUCUGUCUGCUCAAACAGUAUUCAUUUAUUAAAAUAUUAUUAAUAUUGACAAGCCGGUUCUCGCCGCCUCCUUCCCAGAUUUCAGCACCAGUGUUAAUGGAAAGGAGGAGGUGAGAACCGGCUUGUCAAUAUUAAUAAUAUUUUUAACAAACAAAAAGACAGACACACACAGGUGUCGGACAGCUGCCCAUAAAUCUCUCUCUGUCCCACUGCAGUCUCCAGUCGGCCUUUAUCCCUCUCAGAGGCUUGAUUAGCUUGAUUAGGGGUGGCGUGUGUAGCAUCACGACAUGGCCCCGCCCUCCACCCUGUCACAAUAGUGUUCUGUUCAACUAUGUGAAUUUAAUCAUUAAAAAGAUUAUAUUUUUAAAACACUAAAUCAAGUCGGUCAGCCGAUUGGGGUCAGAGGUGAGAUUUAGAUACACUUGGAGCACAGUUCCUCUGGCUUUGUCACAUGACUCAAACUCCAAACAAUCCCUGGAAUGACAUUACAAGACAGAGCAAAACAGAGGGCAAUGUUUUAUUCAAGGUUGAAGCAGACCUCACUGGAACACGGCCUUAUGCAGUAUCUCUUUGCAUCGCUGAAACACUGCCAAAAACGAAACUGCACAAGAGAGACCCAGCACGUGCACGAUAGAUACUGAGAAGGACAUGAACAUUUAGCAAGCUCCUGCCAUAUAAAAUAAUAGUUUUGAGAUUUUAAACUUCAGCAUUCAAUUUGUUUUAGAUCUGCUAUGUAUAGUGUCUAAUAAUGCAUUGGCAAUGUACACUUAAGUCAAUAAAGCUUGAUUUGAAUCUACACAUUUGAUCCUAUUAAUACAUAUUCAACGUCUUGAAUCAUCUUGAAAUGACAGCAUGUCCACUGAUCUUAUGUAUAUAUAAAUACAUAUAGUACUUGUACAUAUUGUUUUAUAUCAAAGAUUUAUACCUGUAAAAAUGUGUGUAAUUAACUAU